AUGGCACCUUCUACUGUGAUAUGUAUUGGUAUGGCCGGUUCCGGUAAGACCACUUUUAUGCAAAGGUUGAAUUCACAUCUUCACGCCAAAAAGUCGCCACCAUAUGUCAUUAAUUUGGAUCCUGCUGUUCUUAAGGUUCCAUUUGGGGCAAAUAUCGACAUUAGGGAUUCUGUUAAGUAUAAGAAAGUAAUGGAGGAAUAUAAUUUAGGUCCUAAUGGGGCGAUUGUUACUUCGUUGAAUUUGUUUGCUACCAAAAUUGAUCAAGUUAUUAAGUUAGUGGAAAAGAGAUCAGACAAGGUGGAAAAUGUUAUUAUCGAUACUCCAGGACAAAUUGAAUGUUUUAUCUGGUCUGCUAGUGGUGCAAUCAUAACAGAGGCAUUUGCAUCCACGUUCCCAACUGUUAUUGCCUAUAUUGUCGAUACACCAAGAAAUUCAUCCCCUACUACAUUUAUGUCAAACAUGUUAUAUGCAUGUUCCAUUUUGUACAAAACAAAAUUGCCAAUGAUUAUAGUCUUCAAUAAGAGUGAUGUAAAGAAUGCUGAUUUUGCUAAGGAAUGGAUGCAAGAUUUUGAAACUUUCCAAAGAGCAUUAUCUGAGGAUCAGGAAUUGAAUGGUGAAGAUGGAACUUCUUCUGGCUAUAUGAGUUCCUUGGUAAAUUCCAUGUCCUUAAUGUUAGAAGAGUUUUAUUCUCAAUUGGAUGUUGUUGGUGUAAGUUCAUACACAGGUGAAGGAUUUGACGAGUUUUUAGGCGCCGUUGAUAAUAAAGUUGACGAAUAUAAUGAAUAUUACAAAGCUGAAAGAGAAAGAAUAUUGAAAGAAAAGGAAGAAAAGGAGAAUAAAAGACAAUCAAGUUCAUUGAAUAAGUUAAUGAAAGAUUUGGAUAUUAAGGAUAAAAAUCAAGAAGGUAAGGAUUCUGAAGUUUUGUCUGAUUAUGAAUCAGAAGACGAUGAAUACCAAGGGGAAUUACCUAGAGAUGAAGAUGAAGUCGAAAGGGAAUACACAUUCCCUGAAGAUAGGAACUCUGAAGUCAACGACAAGACAGAUGCUGACUUACAAUCGCGUUAUCAAGCUGCCUUUGAUGCCACCGCUAAAAAUGCUUCUUCUAAGACUGCCGAAUCAAUCGCUGAAUAUAUUAAGCGUUAA